GAAUAAACAAGGUACAUAGUUAGAUACGCAAACAUAAAAUUAAUAAGGAGCUACAAAUUUAUCUGAAUAAACAAAUUUUGAUAAGAAUGUUGAGAUCACAUAAAAAAUUAUCAUCAAGAACAUCCUUCUUAGAAGUAGGAGACAGUGAGACUCAAUAAAACAUCUCAUAUCGCCAACAAUAGAAAUAAGUACUAAUUAAACUUACCGCACACAAUUAGUCAUUUACUUUCUCUUUUCAUUUUCUUCCCAUAUUUUUUUUAAUAAUUUUUAUGUCUUCCCAUAUGUUGAUACAACUAUGUUGUCGCCUCACUUUUACCAUCUAUGAAGACAAAAAAAAAAAAAAACAUAGUGUUAAUAAUUAUUUAAACAUGAAAUAAGUUAACAUUGUUCCUUCCCCCUCGACACUUUGUUGAAAAUACAACUUGAAAGCAAUCAAUCAAUAAUGGAUCAAAGGAAAAGAAAGUUGAUCCUCCAAAGAAAAAAGAUAUAUUAGAAAACCGCAUAGCUCAAUCCAUAAAAAGAAAAGAAAUACAUAUCGUGUACAUGUAGCUAUAAUCUAUAUACAUAUCAUUGAAUGAAUGAAAGUUGAGAGAGUAGAGCAUAUACAAAGAAGAUUUAUCUGAACCUUUUGGUUAUUUGCAUGACAGUUUCGUGUUAAAAAACAUAUGAUGCAUCCAUACACAACACACAAUCCAUAAGAUAUACUUUCAACUUUGAUAAGGACAUUUUGAUGAGACUUAUUUUCAUAAAAGAAUUAAGAACCUAGUAAAAUAAUAGUUCAUUUCAUGUGUGCUAUAUAAUUAGUGAUUGUACAUAUUCUACAUGAGAUUGAAAAAAAUGGUUCGCUUAUUGGCAUUAUAUAGAAGAAAAAAAUCAUAGUAUUAUCACUACUUGAUCAAUUUCAAGAAAUUUGAUCAAAGUUAGGCAAUCAAAGAAAAUCAUAGGUGAUACACGAUUCGAUUAAAAUGACAUAUUGAGUGUCUUCAAAGAUUGUUCUUGCUUCUUCCUCAAUCAAAUAAGAAAAAAUAGAGUUCCCUGGCUAUAUCAUCAUACACAUAGCUAUAAGAGUUAGCAAUAAAAAUCCUAAAAAUCUGUCAUAUGAAGUUCAUAAAAAUAUAUGAUAUAUCACAGUGAAUCUCCUUUACAAGACUAUUUAAUGAAUAUGAACGAGAGAUGAGUAACGGAUUCUCAGAGUUAGAGGAGAACACUUCGAGAAAGUACUUGACUCAUGUUAAACGACAUAGCUGUUGGAAUAGAGUGUUCACCGGAGGUAAAAUUUAUUCCCACAAAAUCCUUUCAAAUUGUGUUUUCGUCAAUGAAAAGCUAUGUCUCUUGGUCAGGAAAAAAAAACCAAUCGGGAAAAAAAGAAUGCAAAAUACACUUGUAUGCCCAUAAUUUCGCACUUUGUGACAAUAAUAGUCAAUUUUUUGAAAAAUACAUAGUUGUAGCCACAUUUUCUAAACUUGUUUAGUAUUUCAAAUCCUGUAGAAGGCAAUAAAAUACACUGUAUAGCCAUUACAUUUAUAGCAACACUUUUUAAAGUUUUUACAAAUUUCGUAUACUAAUAAUUGCAAGCAAGUUCGAGAUUCAGGCCGAAUCAAAGUUACCAAGCAGAUGGAAGAGAAAUCAAAUAAGGAACAAACUACCGAAAAUAUUCAAGACUGAACAUUACAGACAAAUCGAAGAGCUCAUUUUACCAACUUAGUCAUCCAUGAAAAAAACAUACUUAUAUAUAUAGUUACAGAAAUCAACCUAAUCACAACUACCAACAAGUCUAGUGCCUAUCAAAUCCUGAACACUAAUAAAUACAGAGUUAUGAAUUUAUUCAAAACAAAAAUUCCAACUUUGAUAAGGACAAUUCGAUUGGACUUAUUUUCAGAAGAGAAUUCAUAACCUAAUAAAAUAGAAGUUCAUUUCAUGUGUACUAUCUAGUUAGUAAUUGUACAUAUACGACACGAGAUUGGAAAAAAAUUGUUCGAUCAUUAGCAUUAUACAUAAGAGAAAAUCAUAGUAUUACCACUACUUGGUCAAUUUAAAGAAAUUUGAUCAAAGUUAGACAAUAGACGAAAUACGAUUCGAUUAAAAGGAUGUAUGGAGUGUUUUCAAAGAUUGUUUUUGCUUCUGCCUCAAUCAAAUAACGAAAAACAGAGUUCCCUAGUUCUAUCACCGUACCCAUAACUAUAAUAGUUAGCAAUAACAAUUCUAAGAAGUGUCAUAUGCAAUUCAUAAAAAUAUAUGGUCUAUCAAAGUGAAUCUCGUUUAGAAGACUACUUAAUGAAUAUGACCGAGAGAUGAGUAAGGGGUUCCCCAAAGUUUGAGGAGAACACUUCGAGAAAGUAUUCGACUCAUGUUAUUCACCAGAGUAAAAGUCAUUCCAACAAAGACCUGUUAGAUUGCGAAACAAGAGCAAGGACCAUAUUGUGAAUUGGUAUAGAUUAAGUAUCCACAAGGGUAAUUACCUCACAAAUAAUUAUAAUAACCAAAACUUGGCACAUUCCUCCCACCUUCACUCUUCUAUUCCUUAAUCCUUCCCCAACUUCUCAUUUAUAAAUACCUCUCCCCCAAACCCAAAUUUCCAACCAACUGAAGAAAGAAACUCUUUCCUCCAUCAACUCCUCUGCCCACUGCAAAACCCAAAAGCAAAAACAAAAAAAAAACCAGUAGUUCCUCGACAGCCUCUCUACUAAUCCACCCCAUAAACACAACAACAAUGGGGAUCCGGAGCUUGUUGCCUUCAUCAAUGGUGGUCGGAGCCAAGAAGAUCAUGAAGAGGAAAAACCAUAACCACCAUUGUUAUCAGCAGCAGCAGCACUACUCUCAGCACAGCUUCCCCUUAGCAGCAAACGAUCACCACACCGCCGCCGCAGUGCCAAAAGGCCACAUUGCAGUCUACUUAUCUGGUGACGAUGAUCAUCUCCAAAUGAAGAGGUUCGUGGUGCCGAUUUCGUACCUGAACCAUCCGAUGUUCGGGGAGCUGCUCGACAUGGCGGAGGCCGAGUUCGGGUUCCAUCACGCCAUGGGAGCUCUGACUCUGCCUUGCGAUGAAGAUUCUUUCCUCCACCUCAUCUCUUCCCCUGCAUUUUGAUCCCAAUUCAUUUUAUGAUGUAAUUAGAAACAAAAUUUACAGACAAAACUAGCUGUAUGGUAUGUAGACCAAGAGAUUUUGAUUGGUUUCCAUAUUCAUGUAGAUCAAAGUAAAGCUAGUGUAGAGGGAAACAGAGUGAUUAUCAUUGAUUGAUGAUUAUACAUAUGUAAUAAGAUGGUGAUGAGUUAAUGAAGUUCCUAAAGAUACGAACUUUCGGAUGAAUAUGAUGAGUUAAUCGCAUUAAUCAAUUCGAUUGUGAUGUUAUUGGCAUACAUUAUUGCUUUGUUUCUUCGAGGACGAUACAGUAAUGCUUUGGCCUUACUGUAAUCCGUCCAAAUUUUGAGUACUGCUUAGCGUUUGAGAUCAUGAGAGAUUAGCGAGGGAGAACGUGAAGUAAUUAAGAGCCAUUAAUAUG